AUGUGUUACUCAUUGGUUCUUCAUCAGAAAAAUCUCAGGAGAUUAUUUUCCCCACAAACAACCAAUCUCUCGGACGAUGCGGCGAAAAGAGCAACCACAAGUCAUCAAUAUUUACGAAUUGAGAAAAAUACCAAAAUGAUAACUGUCAGCGUGGUAGUUCUAGCACAGUUCUUCAUAGCAGUUUUCCCAUUGAGUGUGUUAGGAAGAAUGGUAGCGCAUGGCAGGAAGGAGGCUCAAUUUCACGUGAUAUGGUCGAUGCCGUUGUAUUUUCUCGUAUCUUGUUCAUGCAAUCCGAUCGUCUAUGGAAUUGGAGAUAAAACAAUACGUGAAGGAUACAAAAUGGCUUUGAAGAAACUAUGUUGUUGUUAA